AUGAGAUCAUUUACAUUGGAAACCUUCGCCUGCUUAGCAGUGGCUGCAUCAGCGCUGCAUAUUCCCCGCCAAGAAAAUACCCUCUUGGUCGACGUUGCUCCCGACUAUCCUCGGCCAUAUGUUCUACCCAGAUUCAAAGGUCGGGCUGUCAAACUGACCGGCUCAGACAUUAUUCGGUUCGCCAUCACUGCGAACUCAUCUGGAGGUGCAUUUUCCAUGGUCCAGCACAAUGGCAAGACCUCAGGCUGGACAGCCGCCAGACCCCACACUCAUGAGAAAACUCACGAGCACUUUUAUUGCACCCGAGGCCGCGUGGAGCUCUGGGCACAAAAGAAUAUCACCGGCGCCAACCACGAGGCCCGAGUUGCUUCCGUGGGCGACUACGGGAAUGCGCCUCCAGGCACUAUACACACCUUUCAACUUAUCGACCCGGAUAGCCAAUUGAAUCACAUUUUUCAUCCAGCUGGCUUCGAGAAUCUCUUUGCGAAGCUCAGUCUCGGCGAAUACGAAUCCGAAGUUGGAUCGCCAUACGUUGCGAUUGAGAAGGACCCUGACCCGUUUGGAGUUCUUACCCCUGAGGUGUACGAACAGCUUCGAUCCAUGGACUUGAUUGCCGCUUCAGCAGAAGCAUUCACGCCUAGAAGAGAUUUGAUCAACGGCACUGCGGGCGACGCCGGAUCACCUUGGCAUGACGGACCAAAUAGCUUUCCAUCUGAUCCAACUGAGCCAUAUUUCAUUGCCAACAACUACGGCUCAGCAUAUCUCAACUCCGAGGACGGCUACAAAGUCAUACAACCUCUGGUCACACCCACGCAGACGGAUGGAAACUUCACCAUGGGUACCAUAGUACUCUCCCCGAAGCUUGAUAAUCAAGCCCCAACGACGGUCACACUACCUCAUCAUUUUGCCCUAGAGCUACAAGAGGGCCAACUGUCUCUAUCCGUGGAUGGGUUCGAAAGUCUGAGCCUGCUGCAGGGAGAUGUCGCCUUCGUAUCUGCUCACAAGACCUUCUCUUUUUAUGCCACGGUGCCCUUGACCAAACUUCUUUACAUGAAUGGCGGGGACCAAGGAUUGGAUCAUCAGCUGCUGCAGAAGAGUGCCCCUUGGGGGUUUCCAGUGUAUCCCUCUUAA